UCUUAAAAUGAGGUGCUAUAUACAGAUAGGAAUGAUCCCGAGCGGCGUUAAAAAAACAUUAAAGCCUUUCAACUUGAGCGCCCUUACAACCCAGUUCCGAACUCUGGUUACUUGGCCAUCCAACGCAUCAAGGGCGCACAAUUGCCCACUUCACGGUCCUCCAGACAUAAAGACCUGCUCCCGCACACAGGCCGUGGCACCUAGUAUGUGUCCCACUCCGAGGACUGCACUUCGGGUGUGUGCGUGAUUUGCAUACAUGCAGGCCAAGUCGAGCAGCGCCGGCAACAACAAUUGCAACCAAAACAAAGAUGCUGCGCUCCUGACACUGAAACCCGCACAAGGCCAAUCGACGAAAUCAGGCCACGCACACGAAUUCCGGCACGGUGGCGGUGGCGAUGACGAUGGCGAUGGCGAUGACGUAGCGAUGCGAUGCGAUGCUCCCGGCAAACGGCCUACGUACCACAGAAGGCCGGCUUCCCCGGACCCACAGACACCACGGCCAGCCUUCUCCCAUCUCCAGGAGCAGAGGUAACUGCACUCAAUCCUACACCGCGCCGAAAUAGCAGUGGGUCCUGGGUUCUUCAAUGUUUUCGGACCUCCUACGGUAUCUGAAGUUUUUUAUGUGUUCAAAAU